AUGCCAGCCCAAUGGUUCCUAAUCUCCAGACUGGCCCUCUUGGUACUGCUGGGCACAGUCAGAGCAGGCCCUUUCUCUCCACGGUCCAAUGUGACACUCCCAGCCCCACGUCCCCCUCCCCAGCGGGGGGGCCGCACAGUGGAGCCAAUAGGGGGAAGCCCCUCUUCUCAGCUUUAUGAGCACACUGUGGAAGGAGGGGAGAAGCAGGUAGUUUUUACCCACCGCAUCAACCUGCCCCCUUCAGCUGGCUGUGGUUGUCCCCCGGGCACAGAGCCCCCAGUUCCUGCUUCAGAGGUGCAGGCCUUGAAGGUCCGGUUAGAGAUCCUGGAGGAGCUGGUGAAGGGGCUCAAGGAACAGUGCACUGGGGGAUGUUGUCCUGUUGCUGCCCAGGCUGGCACAGGCCAGACGGAUGUUCGUAGCCUCUGCAGUCUCCAUGGCGUGUUUGACCUGAGCCGCUGUGCCUGCUCCUGCGAGCCAGGCUGGGGUGGGCCCACCUGCUCAGACCCCACAGGCGCUGGGGUGCCCCCAUCCGCCCCACCCUCAGCCUCCCGGGCCUGCCCAGAUGACUGCAACGAUCAGGGUCGCUGUGUCCGCGGGCGCUGCGUGUGCUUCCCUGGUUACAGCGGCCCCAGCUGUGGCUGGCCCUCCUGCCCCGGGGACUGCAACGGCCGUGGGCGCUGCGUGCAGGGCGUGUGCGUGUGCCGGGCGGGCUUCUCGGGCGACGACUGCAGCCUGCGCUCCUGCCCCCGGGGCUGCAGCCAGAGGGGGCGCUGCGAGGACGGGCGCUGCGUGUGCGACCCGGGCUACGCAGGCGACGACUGCGGGGUGAGGAGCUGCCCUAGAGGUUGCAGCCAGAGGGGGAGCUGCGAGAACGGGCGCUGCGUGUGCGACCCCGGCUACGCGGGAGACGACUGCGGGGUGAGGAGCUGCCCCCGGGGCUGCAGCCAGAGGGGGGGGCGCUGCGAGGACGGGCGCUGCGUGUGCGACCCCGGCUACGCGGGCGAAGACUGCGGCUCGCGGAGCUGCCGGUGGGACUGUGGCGAGGGCGGGCGCUGCGUGGACGGCCGCUGCGUGUGCUGGCCCGGGUACGCGGGCGACGACUGCAGCACCCGCACGUGCCCGCGAGACUGCCGGGGCCGCGGGCGCUGCGAGGAUGGCGAGUGCAUCUGCGACGCAGGCUACAGCGGGGACGAUUGCGGAGUGCGCAGCUGCCCAGGGGACUGCAGCCAGAGGGGGCGCUGCGAGGACGGGCGCUGCGUGUGCUGGCCCGGGUACACGGGGCCCGACUGUGGCUCGCGCGCCUGCCCCCGCGACUGUCGGGGCCGCGGGCGCUGCGAGAACGGCGUGUGCGUGUGCAACGUGGGCUACAGCGGCGAGGACUGCGGCGUGCGCAGCUGUCCCGGGGACUGUCGGGGCCGGGGCCGUUGCGAGAGUGGUCGCUGCGUGUGUUGGCCCGGGUACACAGGCCGGGACUGCGGCACGCGCGCCUGCCCUGGCGACUGUCGUGGGCAAGGGCGCUGCGUGGACGGCCGCUGCGUGUGCAACCCCGGCUUCGCGGGCGAGGACUGCGGGAGCCGUCGGUGCCCUGGGGACUGCCGCGGGCGCGGGCGCUGCGAGGAUGGCGUGUGCGUGUGCAACGCGGGCUACGAGGGAGAGGACUGUGGCGCGCGCAGCUGCCCGGGAGGUUGCCACGGGCGCGGCCAGUGCCGGGACGGGCGCUGCGUGUGUGACGAUGGCUACUCGGGCGAGGACUGCAGCGUAAGGCGGUGCCCGCUAGACUGCAGCCAGCACGGCGUGUGCCAGAACGGCGUGUGCACCUGUUGGGAGGGCUACGCAGGCGAGGACUGCGGCCUCCGUACCUGCCCUUCCAACUGCCACCAGCGCGGCCGCUGUGAGGGCGGGCGCUGCGUGUGUGACUCAGGCUACACCGGCCCCUCCUGCGCCACCCGCACCUGCCCGGCCGACUGCCGGGGCCGCGGGCGCUGUGUGCAGGGCGUGUGCGUGUGCCACGUGGGCUACGGCGGCGAGGACUGUGGGCGGGAAGAGCCUCCCGCCAGCGCCUGCCCUGGGGGCUGUGGGCCCCGGGAACUGUGCCGCGCGGGCCAGUGUGUAUGCGUGGAGGGCUUUCGAGGACCCGACUGCGCCACUCAGACGUGCCCUGGGGACUGCCGUGGCAGGGGAGAGUGUCGUGAGGGCAGCUGCGUCUGUCAAGAUGGUUAUGCAGGGGAAGACUGCGGGGAAGAGGUGCCAGCCAUUGAGGGCAUGAGGAUGCACCUCUUGGAGGAGACAACGGUUCGGACAGAGUGGACCCGGGCUCCUGGCACGGUGGAUGCCUAUGAAAUUCAGUUCAUUCCCACGACAGAGGGGGUGAGCCCCCCAUUCACAGCACGGGUACCCAGCUCUGCCUCAGCCUAUGACCAGAGAGGACUGGCACCCGGGCAGGAGUACCAGGUCACGGUCCGCGCCCUUCGAGGGACUAGCUGGGGCCCUCCUGCCUCCAAGACCAUCACCACCAUGAUCGAUGGCCCACAAGACCUCCGAGUGGUGGCUGUGACACCAACCACACUGGAGCUCAGCUGGCUGCGACCCCAGGCUGAGGUGGACCAGUUCGUGGUGUCCUAUGUCAGCGCCGGCAACCAGAGGGUGCGGCUGGAGGUGCCCUCUGAGGCGGACGGGACGGUGCUGACCGACCUGAUGCCAGGCGUGGAAUAUGUAGUGACCGUCACGGCAGAGCAGGGCCGGGCAGUAAGCUAUCCGGCUUCUGUCAGGGCCAACACAGGGUCCUCUCCCUCGGGUCUCUUGGGGGCCACCGAUGAGCCUCCUCCCUCAGGCCCUUCCACGACUCAAGGGGCCCGGGCCCCCGAACUGCAGCAGCGCCCCCAGGAGCUGGGAGAGUUGAGGGUGCUGGGCAGAGACAAGACAGGGAAGCUCCGCGUCGCUUGGACAGCUCAGCCUGACACGUUUGCCCACUUCCAGCUGCGCCUUCGGGUGCACGAGGGGCCGGGAGCGCACGAGGAACUCUUGCCAGGGGACGUCCGCCAGGCUCUGGUGCCCUCACCCCCUUCUGGAGCCCCCUAUGAGCUGUCACUCCGCGGGGUCCCCCCGGAGGGCGUGCCCUCUGCCCCUCUCAUCUACCAAGGCAUUAUGGACAAGGAUGGGGCAAAGCUUGGGAAGCCCUUGGCCCCGCCACGCCUGGGCCAGCUGAUAGUCACUGACAUGACGUCCAACUCCCUGCUUCUGCACUGGACGGUCCCCGAGGGCGAAUUCGACUCCUUCGUGAUCCAGUACAAGGACAGGGAUGGGCCCCAGGUGGUACCUGUGGAAGGACCCCAGCGCUCAGCCCUCAUCACCAACCUGGACCUUGGCCGCAAGUACAAAUUCCUGCUAUAUGGGCUCCUGGGCAAGAAGAGGCAUGGCCCCCUGGUGGCUGAAGCCAAGAUCCUGCCUCAGAGUGAUCCCAGCCCAGCGACUCAACCCCGCCUCGGAAAGCUGUGGGUGACAGAUCCCACCCCAGACUCACUGCACCUCUCCUGGACUGUCCCUGAGGGCCAGUUUGACUCCUUCGUACUCCAGUAUAGGGACAGGGAUGGACAGCCCCAAGCGAUGCCCGUGGAAGGGCCGGAGCGCUCAGUCAUUGUCUCCUCGCUGGAGCCUAACCACAAGUACAGAUUCACUCUGUUUGGGAUGGCCAACAAGAAGCAGCAUGGCCCCCUCACAGCCGAUGGCACCACUGCCUCGGAGCAGACAGCGGAGUCCCUCAACCCAGAGGCCCCAGUGCAGCCCCUGCUGGGGGAGCUGUGGGUGACUCAGGCAAACCCAGACUCCCUGCGCCUGUCCUGGACCGUGACCCAGGGCUCCUUCGACUCCUUCGUGGUCCAGUACAAGGAUGCGCAGGGCCAGCCCCAGGCGGUGCCCGUCACGGGGGAUGAGAACGAGGUCACCAUCCCGGGCCUGGAGUCCCACCGGAAGUAUAAGAUGAACCUCUAUGGGCUUCAUGACAGGCAGCGCGUGGGACCUGUGUCCGUGGUGGCCACCACAGCCCCCCAGGAAGUUGUGGAGGAGACCCCCAGCCCCACAGAACCCAGCACGGAGGCCCCCGAGGAGCCCCUCCUGGGAGAGCUGACGGUCACAGGAUCCUCCCCAGACUCGCUGAGCCUCUCCUGGACCGUCCCCCAGGGCCACUUCGACUCCUUCACUGUCCAGUACAAGGACAGGGACGGGCGGCCCCAGGUGGUGCGUGUCGGGGGUGACGAGAAUGAGGUCACCGUCGGGGGCCUGGAGCCGGGGCGCAAGUACAAGAUGCACCUGUACGGCCUGCACAGGGGACAGCGCGUGGGCCCCGUGUCCACCGUGGGCGUGACCGCUCCGCAACCAGAAGAGACUCCAGCCAUAGAGCCGCCCCUGGAGCCACGCCUGGGAGAGCUGACAGUGACAGAUGUGACCCCCAACUCUGUGGGCCUCACAUGGACAGUCCCCGAGGGUGAAUUCGACUCCUUCGUGGUCCAGUACAAAGACAGGGACGGGCAGCCCCAGGUGGUCCCUGUGGAGGGCAGCCUCAGGGAGGUCAGCAUCCCCGGCCUGGAGCCUGCGUACAAAUACAAGAUGAACUUCUAUGGGCUACAUGAUGGGCAGCGCGUGGGCCCCCUCUCUGUGGUAGCUAUGACAGCUCCCCUCCCCCAAGCCCCAGCCACAGAGUCCCCUGAAGAGCCACGGCUGGGGGAGCUGACAGUGGUGGACCGGAGCCCGGACUCCGUGACCCUCUCGUGGACGGUCCCCGAGGGUGAAUUCGACUCCUUCGUGGUCCAGUACAAGGACAGGGACGGGCAGCCCCGGGUGGUGCCUGUGGCCGCAGACCAGCGCGAGGUCACCGUCCCCGGCCUGGAGCCCAGCAGGAAGUACAGGUUCCUGCUCUACGGGCUUCAAGGUGGGAAGAGACGCAGCCCAGUCUCUGUGGAGGCAAAGACAGCUGCCCAAGGUGACGCCAGCCUCGGGGCCCCACCCCGCCUUGGGGAGCUGUGGGUGACAGAUCCCACCCUGGACUCUCUGCGCCUCUCCUGGACAGUCCCUGAGGGCCACUUUGACUCCUUUGUGGUCCAGUUCAAGGACAAGGAUGGGCCCCGGGUGGUUCCCGUGGAGGGCCACGAGCGCUCGGUCACCAUCACCCCUCUGGACACUGGCCGCAAGUAUAGAUUCCUCCUUUAUGGGCUCCUGGGCAAGAAGCGCCAUGGCCCCCUCACUGCUGAAGGCACCACAGAGCCCUGGAGUGGUGUGGAUGAUGCUAGAACAAAGCAUCCCCCAAAGCCCCAUCUUGGGGAGGAGCUACAGGUGACCAGCGUGACACCAGACUCUGUGAGCCUCGCGUGGACGGUCCCUGAGGGCCAGUUUGACUCCUUUGUGGUCCAGUACAAGGACAGGGCCGGGCAGCCCCAGGUGGUCCCCGUGGAGGGCGGCCUCAGGGAGGUCAGCGUCUCAGGCCUGGACCCAGCCCGCAGGUAUAAGCUGUUCCUGUACGGGCUGCACCAGGGCAAGCGCGUGGGCCCCGUCUCUACCAUCGCCCUGACUGCCCCCAGGGUACAUAUCAAAGCCAAGGCCCCAAGUACUCCAGAGCCUGAGCCUCGCCUAGGGGAGGUGACUGUGGAGGAAGCCACACCACAUACUUUGCAUCUCUCCUGGACCAAGACUGAGGGCGAUUUUGACUCCUUCGAGGUCCACUACACAGACCGAGACGGGCAACCCCAAGUAGUCAGGAUCGAUGGUGACCGGAAUGACGUCAUCCUCUCUGGCCUGGAAUCUGAGCACAGAUACCUAGUGAACCUGUAUGGUUUCCACGGCCAGCAGCGAGUGGGUCCAGCCCACAUUGAGGCACUGACAGUCCCAAGGGAAGAGGAAGACGGACCUUCAGAGCCUCCCACCAAGCCCCGCCUGGGGGAGCUGACCGUGACCGACGCCACUCCCGACUCCCUGCACCUCUCCUGGACUGUCCCCGAGGGCCAGUUUGACCACUUCCUGGUCCAGUACAAGAACGGGGACGGGCAGCCCAAGGCGGUGCGUGUACCGGGCUAUGAGGAUGGGGUCACCGUCUCAGGCCUGCAGCCAGACCACAAGUACAAGAUGAACCUGUACGGCUUCCACGGUGGCCAGCGCGUGGGCCCGGUGUCUGCCAUUGGGGUGACAGCUGCAGAGGAAGAGACCCCAACCCCCACUGAGGUGGAGGAGACCCCCAGCCCCACAGAACCCAGCACGGAGGCCCCGGAGCCCCCCGAGGAGCCCCUCCUGGGAGAGCUGACGGUCACAGGAUCCUCCCCAGACUCGCUGAGCCUCUCCUGGACCGUCCCCCAGGGCCACUUCGACUCCUUCACUGUCCAGUACAAGGACAGGGACGGGCGGCCCCAGGUGGUGCGUGUCGGGGGUGACGAGAGUGAGGUCACCGUCGGGAGCCUGGAGCCGGGGCGCAAGUACAAGAUGCACCUGUACGGCCUGCACAGGGGACAGCGCGUGGGCCCCGUGUCCACCGUGGGCGUGACCGAUGUGCAGCGGAAGGCUCGGCCUGGCCCCUGUGAGGAAUGGACUGGGCAGGGAGGCAGGGAGCCCAGGAGGGACACGGUGACUCAGGGGAGAGGCGACGGGGCUGCGGUCACCGUCGGGGGCCUGGAGCCGGGGCGCAAGUACAAGAUGCACCUGUACGGCCUGCACAGGGGACAGCGCGUGGGCCCCGUGUCCACCGUGGGCGUGACCGACCCCGAAGGGGAGCCCCCUACCAACACCCUUCUGAAGCCACACUUGGGAGAGCUGACCGUGAUGGACGCCACCCCUGACUCCCUGCACCUCUCCUGGACUGUCCCCGAGGGCCAGUUUGACCACUUCCUGGUCCAGUACAAGAACAGGAAUGGGCAGCCCAAGGCUGUGAGAGUGCCAGGGAGUGAGGACCAGGUCACCAUCUCAGGCCUGGAGCCCAGCCACAAGUACAAGAUGAACCUGUAUGGCUUCCACAGUGGCCAGCGCGUGGGCCCGGUCUCUGCUGUCGGUUUAACUGCCCCAGGAAAGGACCACGAAAUGCCAGCUCCCACAGACCCACCCACCACAACUCCCCAGCCUCCCAAGCCCCGCCUGGGGGAGCUGACCGUGACCGAUGCCACUCCUGACUCCCUGCACCUCUCCUGGACUGUCCCCGAGGGCCAGUUUGACCACUUCCUGGUCCAGUACAAGAACGGGGACGGGCAGCCCAAGGCGGUGCGUGUACCGGGCUAUGAGGAUGGGGUCACCGUCUCAGGCCUGCAGCCAGACCACAAGUACAAGAUGAACCUGUACGGCUUCCACGGUGGCCAGCGCGUGGGCCCGGUGUCUGCCAUUGGGGUGACAGCUGCAGAGGAAGAGACCCCAACCCCCACUGAGGUGGAGGAGACCCCCAGCCCCACAGAACCCAGCACGGAGGCCCCAGAGCCCCCCGAGGAGCCCCUCCUGGGAGAGCUGACGGUCACAGGAUCCUCCCCAGACUCGCUGAGCCUCUCCUGGACCGUCCCCCAGGGCCACUUCGACUCCUUCACUGUCCAGUACAAGGACAGGGACGGGCGGCCCCAGGUGGUGCGUGUCGGGGGUGACGAGAAUGAGGUCACCGUCGGGGGCCUGGAGCCGGAGCACAAGUACAAGAUGCACCUGUACGGCCUGCACAGGGGACAGCGCGUGGGCCCCGUGUCCACCGUGGGCGUGACCGAACCCAGCACGGAGGCCCUUGAGCCCCCCGAGGAGCCCCUCCUGGGGGAGCUGACGGUCACAGGAUCCUCCCCAGACUCGCUGAGCCUCUCCUGGACCGUCCCCCAGGGCCACUUCGACUCCUUCACUGUCCAGUACAAGCCCCCCGAGGAGCCCCUCCUGGGGGAGCUGACGGUCACAGGAUCCUCCCCAGACUCGCUGAGCCUCUCCUGGACCGUCCCCCAGGGCCACUUUGACUCCUUCACUGUCCAGUACAAGGACAGGGACGGGCGGCCCCAGGUGGUGCGUGUCGGGGGUGACGAGAAUGAGGUCACCGUCGGGGACCUGGAGCCAGGGCGCAAGUACAAGAUGCACCUGUACGGCCUGCACAGGGGACAGCGCGUGGGCCCCGUGUCCACCGUGGGCGUGACCGAUGUGCAGCGGAAGGCUCGGCCUGGCCCCUGUGAGGAACGGACUGGGCAGGGAGGCAGGGAGCCCAGGAGGGACACGGUGACCCAGGGGAGAGGCGACGGGGCUGCGCUGACGGUCACAGGAUCCUCCCCAGACUCGCUGAGCCUCUCCUGGACCGUCCCCCAGGGCCACUUCGACUCCUUCACUGUCCAGUACAAGGACAGGGACGGGCAGCCCCAGGUGGUGCGUGUCGGGGGUGACGAGAAUGAGGUCACCAUCGGGGGCCUGGAGCCGGGGCGCAAGUACAAGAUGCACCUGUACGGCCUGCACAGGGGACAGCGCGUGGGCCCCAUGUCCACCGUGGGCGUGACCGCCUCCCAGCCCGCAGAGCGCCCUGUGGCCCCCCGCCUGGGGGAGCUGGCUGUGGCAGCCGUGGCCUCUGACACAGUGAGCCUGUCGUGGACGGUGGCCCAGGGCCUCUUCGACUCCUUCCUGGUCCAGUACAAGGAUGUGCAGGGCCAGCCCCAGGCGGUGCCUGUGGGUGGGCACCUCCGUGAGAUCAGCAUUUCGGGCCUGGACCCCGCCCGCAAGUACAAGUUCCUACUCUUCGGCCUCCAGGAUGAGAAACGCCACGGCCCAGUGUCUGCAGAGGCCAAGACGCUCUCAGACACGAAAACUCCCCGCCUCGGGGAGCUGACCGUGGUGGACCUGACCCCGGACUCCGUGACCCUCUCGUGGACGGUCCCCGAGGGUGAAUUCGACUCCUUCGUGGUCCAGUACAAGGACAGGGACGGGCAGCCCCGGGUGGUACCCGUGGCCGCAGACCAGCGCGAGGUCACCGUCCCCGGCCUGGAGCCCAGCAGGAAGUACAGGUUCCUGCUCUACGGGCUGGCAGGCAGGAAGCGCCUGGGCCCCGUCUCUGCCGAUGGUGCCACAGCUCCCCUGGAGCACCCACCCCGCCUUGGGGAGCUGACAGUGACAGAUGAGACCCCAGACUCCCUGCGCCUCUCAUGGACGGUGGCCCAGGGCCUCUUUGAUUCCUUUGUGGUCCAGUACAGGGACCCAGCUGGGCAGCCCCGGGCAGUGCCUGUGGCCAAAGACCAGCGGGCAGUCACCAUAGAGGGCCUGGAGCCUGGCAGGAAAUACAAGUUUCUGCUAUAUGGGAUCCGCGGAGGACAGCGCCUGGGCCCCAUCUCUGUCCUGGGAGUGACAGGUGAGCAGGAGCCUGAAGGGACCAACAGGACCCCCUGGCGCCCAGCCACAGAGGCCCCCGCGCCCCCCUCAGGGCCCCAGCUAAGGACACUGGCAGUGAGCGACAUAACCCCAGGCUCCCUGCGCCUCUCAUGGAGUGUGGCCCAGGGCCCCUUUGAGUCCUUCGUGGUCCAGUAUCAGGACACAGAUGGGCAGCCCCAGGCCUUGCUCGUGGGCGGCAACCAGAACAAGGUGCAAGUGUCAGGCCUGGAGCCCGGCACCGCCUACAAGUUCUUCCUCUACGGCCUCCACACAGGGAAGCGCCUGGGGCCUGUCUCAGCCAAAGGCACCACAGGGCCUGCUCCUGCCGGCCUGACCCCAGGGGAGCCAGGACCCCGCCUGUCCCAGCUGUCAGUGACCGAUGUGACCACCAGUUCCCUGCGGCUCAACUGGGAGGCCCCGUCGGAGGCCUUUGACUCCUUCGUGCUCCGCUUCGGGGUCCCAUCCCCAAGCACCCUGGAGCCGCACUCGCGUCCCCUGCAGCAGCAGGAGCUGACGGUGCCGGGGUCGCGGCGCUCUGCCGUGCUCCGGGACCUGCAGCCGGGGACCCUGUACAGCCUGACAUUGUAUGGGCUGCGUGGGCCCCAUAAGGCCGACAGCAUCGAGGGCACGGCCCGCACCCUCAGCCCAGUUCUGGAAAGCCCCCGUGACCUUCAGUUCAGCGAAAUCGGGGAAACCUCGGCCCAGGUCAGCUGGAUGCCUCCAGCAUCCAGAGUGGACAGUUUCAAAGUUUCCUACCAGCUGGCAGAUGGAGGCGAGCCGCAGAGUGUGCAGGUGGACGGCCGCGCGCAGACCCAGAAACUCAAAGGGCUGAUCCCGGGCUCUCACUAUGAGGUGACCGUGGUCUCUGUCCGUGGCUUUGAGGAGAGUGAGCCUCUCACCGGCUCCCUCACCACAGUUCCUGACGGCCCCACCCAGCUUCGAGCGCUGAACUUGACGGAGGGAUCGGCUCUGCUGCACUGGAAGCCCCCCCAGGCCCCUGUGGACAAGUAUAACGUCCGUGUCACAGCCUCAGGGGCCCCCUCACUACAGGCCUCAGCCCCGGGCAGUGCUGUGGAGUACCCUCUAAGUGGCCUGGAGCUCCACACCAACUACACAGCGACCGUGCGUGGUCUUCGGGGCCCCAACCUCACGUCCCCAGCCAGCAUCAGCUUCACCACAGGGUUGGAGGCCCCCCAGGACCUGGAGGCCAAGGAAGUGACCCCCCGCACGGCCCUACUCACUUGGACUGAGCCCCCAGUCCCUCCAACCAGCUACCUGCUCAGUUUCAACACCCCUGGUGAACAGACCCAGGAGCUCCUGCUCCCAGGAGGGAUCACCUCUCACCAGCUCCUGGGCCUCUUCCCCUCCACCCCCUAUGGCGUGUGGCUCCGAGCUAUGUGGGGCGAGAGCCUCACGCCGCCUGUGUCCACCUCCUUCACCACUGGUGGACUUCCGAUCCCCUUCCCUCGGGACUGUGGGGAGGAGGUGCAGAACGGAGCCCGCACCUCAAGGGCCACCACCAUCUUCCUCAAUGGCAACCGCGAGCGUCCCCUGGACGUGUUUUGUGACAUGGAGACCGAUGGGGGCGGCUGGCUGGUGUUCCAGCGUCGCAUGGACGGACAAACGGACUUCUGGAGGGACUGGGAGGACUACGCCCACGGCUUUGGCAACAUCUCCGGGGAGUUCUGGCUGGGCAACGAGGCCCUGCACAGCCUGACAGACGCGGGCGACUACUCCAUGCGCGUGGACCUGCGGGCGGGGGACGAGGCCGUGUUCGCACAGUACGACUCCUUCCGGGUCGACUCGGAGGCCGACUACUACCGCCUUCAUUUGGAUGGCUACCAUGGCACGGCAGGCGACUCCAUGACCUACCACAGUGGCAGUGUCUUUUCUGCCCGGGAUCGAGACCCCAACAACCUGCUCAUCUCCUGCGCUGUGUCGUACCACGGGGCCUGGUGGUACAAGAACUGCCACUACGCCAACCUCAAUGGGCUCUACGGGAGCACAGUGGACCACCAGGGGGUGAGCUGGUACUACUGGAAGGGCUUCGAGUUCUCUGUGCCCUUCACGGAAAUGAAGCUGAGGCCAAGAAGCUACCGGCCCCCAGCGGCCCAGGGAGGCUGACCGCCGCUCGCCUCUCGGGCGCCCCAGAAUGACUGCCGAGCACUGAGGGGUCGCGCUCAGAGAAGAGCCCGGGGCCACCGUCACCGUCCAGCCACCGGAGGGAGCCUUCUCCAUCUGCGAUCUCACAGCACCAUGUUUACAGGGGGGGAGGGCAGGGGUUUGUACGGGGAGUAAUAAAAGGGGAAACUGAGGCA